ACUGUCAAAGAAGUAUACAUUUGUAAUAUUCUCAGUACCAUGCUUUCUGCUGUACAUAUGUAUGGGAUCUUUUAGAAUGCAGUGACCUAUGAUGAUGUGCAUAUCAACUUCACUUGGGAAGAGUGGACUUUGCUGGACCUUCCCAGAAGAAUCUCUACAAAGAUGUGAUGAUUGAGACCUACAGGAACCUCACUAUUAUAGGAUACAAUUGGGAAAAUCAUAAUAUUGAAGAACAUUUUCAAAAUUCUAGAAGACAUGUGAGGCAUGAGAGAAGUCAAACUGGAGAGAAGAACCCUUUCAUAUAUACUGAAUGUGGUAAAACCGCUGUAUAUGAGAGUCAUCUUCAAAGGCGUGAAAGUGCACCUAUGGGAGAGAAACCUUUUCAAUGUAAUCAGUGUGUUAAAGCUUUUGCCCAUCACAGUAAUCUUCAAAGGCAUAAAAGAACACAUACUGGAGAGAAACCCUAUGAAUGUAAUCAAUGUGAGGCAUACAGGAUCACCAUGAAAGUGGCAUGGCAACAAGUGUCAGACAUGGUAGCUAAAACAGGAGGCUAUGAACUCACAUCCUUAAACUUCAGCCUGAAGUAG